AUGGCGUCCGUGCAAUUACCUUCUAUCGAUCUUUCCUUAAAAGACACAAAGUAUGUAGCUGCAGAGCUUAAAACAGCAUGCCAACAAUGGGGAUUUUUUACUGUGAAAAACCAUGGGAUUCCUAUAGAAGAUAUAAGUAAAGUUUUUGAAAUUAGCGAUGAGUUUUUCAACUCUCCUUUGGAGGAGAAGAAAAAAUUUAUGUUUAAAGGCGGGCGCUUGCAUUCAGGAUAUACAGGUCAUUUUGGUGAAAAACUGGAUGUUGAACAUCAACGUAGAGGAGAUAUGAAGGAGUCUUAUGAUUUAGCAGGAUUUCCUCAUCCGGAUGCGAAUACAAACAGCCCAGUCAUUCAAAAAUACUUCAUCGAACUAAAAGCCUUUCAGAGGGAAUGCCACUGUCUUUCCUUAAAAAUCCUUGAUCUUAUUGCUAUUGGAUUUGGAUUCCCAUCAGACUUUUUUAGCAAAAACCACAGUUCAUCAGAAGAUAUUCUUCGUUUGUUGAAGUAUAGUGUUCCUGAAGGAGUGGAGCGCCAAAAAGACGAUGAAGACGCUGGUGCCCAUUCCGACUAUGGAUCCAUUACCCUACUCUUCCAAAAGGACGCCGGAGGCUUACAAAUUCGACCACCUCAAUCAUACAAUGUAGCCGACUGGCUCAGAGUCUCUGUGGACGAAAAUUCAGUCAUCGUAAAUAUUGCAGAUAUGUUACAAUUCUGGACCAGUGGACGGUUAAAGAGCACUGUUCAUCGGGUAAGACUUGAUGAAGACGUAAAAACCAGACAAACAAUAGCUUAUUUUGUUACACCUGAUCCCGAAACUCUUUUAGCUCCGGUGUUUGAGAAAGAAAGGGAAAAGCAAAGCGAAGGAAAGGAAGAUAACAUGGAAACGGUAACGGCUGGGGAGUGGAUAGAAGGAAGAUUGAACAUAACUUAUGGUUAUGGAGAAGCUCCUAGAGGAUAUUUGGACAGCCAAAAUGGACUGAUUGGUCAGUCAUCAUGA